CUGCCGAUGAACCACUCAACUAAACAUGGCAAAUCACGUUUCAAUCGGGCUCUUGGUGUUAUUUCUUCUCUAUAACCGUUUCUAUAACCGUUCCUUCAAUACAAUCCCAAUUCCCAACUGAGGCUCAGCCUGCAGUCAUGGUUUGCGAGUCCUACAUCAUAAGUUUCUCUCAUUUCCUCUGAAAAAGCAAAAUAAGAACAUGUGACAUUGAAUUUUCAUCGAGAAUCAUUUCUUCUCUAUUUUUUUCGUCACUCACUCCAUAUUCUUCUAUUUCCUUACAUACGUUCUUUUAUUUUUCUUUGGAUUUACUUUCCUUUAUUUGAUCGUAGGAGUCAAUCACUCUAUCGUCGCCACAUCUUCACGCUCGUUUGCUUGCAUCCACUCUCGUUCUAGACAUUGAUGACUUUUUUCACCCAAUCAAUUCAAAGUUACAGCUUUUAAACGUCUGCUUCCUACUUGACACUAUUGACUUGACCCUAAAAGAUCAGUCUACCCGCCAAACACAGUCCACUUUGCAAAACAUUGGCAUCCAAUUCAAAAGAGCUUCACCUGAAAAUCAUCCACCUUAUUCACAAUCUUUCCACUGCAAUCCAAAAACUGGGAUCGAAAUGGUCGUCUUUCGAGGUGCUUCGAUCGUUUCUAUCAUUACAAUUGCUGGGAACCUUCUAUCACAAACAGCACAAGCGAUACCAACGCCUCAAGAUCAAAGACCAAGAGGCUAUGAUUAUGGAGUAGACGUAGGGGCUCUUUUGAAACGGGAUGUUCCACACAUGCCCACUACUGGAGUGUCGUACAUUGGCUCAAAUUCAUCAAUACCACUUCGUCAAGAGGUUCGAGACCUAGAGAAGGACGCGGACCUAUGGGAGCUAUAUAUCUUGGGAACCUCAAUGAUGCAAACUAUCAAUCAGUCAGAUAUUCGUUCAUGGUAUCAAAUAUCUGGUAAAUGUCAAUAAACCUUACAGAUGGAAUUUGCUAAUACCAAUUAGGCAUUCAUGGUAGACCUUAUCUUCCAUACGAUGGAGUUCAAGCAACUGCAGGUGACGAGAAUAAUGGCUAUUGUACUCAUGUCUCCAUUCUCUUCCCUACUUGGCACAGGCCUUACUUGGCACUUUAUGAGGUGGGGUUUGCUUUGCGUUAUAAUGUGAGCUAACUGUAUUGACGUUUUCUACAGCAAGUGCUUCACAGCAUCGUUUUGUUUAUUGCGGAACAAUUUCCUGCUGGAGCCGAGCGAGAAAGGUAUACAGCUGCUGCGGUUAACUUCCGUGUUCCAUACUGGGACUGGGCUGCAGUACCACCAAAAGGGCAAAGUGUUCUUCCCCCAAGUGUUUCGAAGCCUACGAUUACCGUCAAUGGCCCUGCUGGUGUUCAAACGAUCUCCAAUCCACUAUUUAGUUAUUACUUUAACCCCCUGGACCCAUCGGAAUUGCCGGAUGCGCCUGUAAGUGUAAAAUCAUCACUCAUUAUGACCUACUAACACCCCACAGUUCAGCCAGUAUUCGCAAACUUUGAGAUACCCCACAUCAGGGACUGCCUCCGCUACUUCACAAAAUGCCCUUGUUGCUCAACAACUUGAUAACAGUGCUGCUUCAUUUCGAAAUCGUUUGUAUAAUCUCUUCACAAACUACCAUGAUUACAGUACGUUCAGCAAUGAAGCUUGGAUAACCGCAUCCAGCCCUGGAGAUUUCGAUUCCAUUGAAUCUCUGCAUGAUCAAAUUCAUGGUUUGACAGGAAGUGGUGGCCACAUGUCUUACAUCGACUACUCAGCUUUUGAUCCUAUUUUCUUUCUGCAUCAUGCUAUGGUCGAUCGCUGUUUCGCUAUUUGGCAAACCUUGAAUCCGCACAGUUAUGUGACACCCAAGGCAGCUUCAUAUAGCACAUUUACUAUGACGGCAGGAAGUAUCCAGGAUGCAUCCACACCACUUAAGCCAUUUUAUGAUGCUGGCGGAAAUAACUUUUAUAGCUCCUCAGAUGUUGUAUCAACGGAAGCUUUUGGUUAUGCAUACCCAGAAACAGUGCAAGGGGGCAACACCACUGCUCAGGCUAUCAAAGCCAUAAACCUUCUGUACGGGACCACUGCCCCGGCAAAGACUAUCUCUCACCGCUCGACCCGAGAAACUUCUUCAAGAAUAGCGGGACGAGAGCUCCAAGUCAAUUCCUCAUCUAAUCUUCCUGUUUUAGCUACAAAUGGUCAAUACACAGAAUGGAUAGCCAACAUUCAAGCCAAGAAAUUUGCCCUCUCCAAGUCAUUCUUCGUUCACGUCUUCCUCGGACCUUUCAAAGAUGAACCCUCAAGUUGGUCCUUCGAGCCCAACUUAGUCGGCACUCACUGUGUUUUUGCCAAACUUUCAUCCUCCGGUGCCGUUGCAGCUGAUCCCAACCAAUUGGUUACAGGAACGAUUCCACUUACUAGCGCCCUACUUGACGAUAUCUCACAAGGUCUUUUGCAUUCUUUAAACGAUGAGGACGUGGAACCAUACCUUAAAAAGAACCUUCACUAUCGCAUUACACUCCUUGAUGAUACUGAAAUCGAGAAUUCAGCUGUGCCAAGUUUAACGAUUACCGUAGUAAGCGCUACUGUCCAGCAAAGUACAGUUGAUCAUGAACUACCAAAAUGGGGUCCAAUGAUCAGUCAUAUGGAGUUAUCCACCGGAGCAAGUAACUCGACGAAGACUUAGAGAGGGUAUUGCAAGGAGAAAAUAUAGGAAUGGGAGGGGAUGCCCGACCGAUUUCGGGUUCAUUUGCAUAAUGUAACAGGAAUUUAUGAUUUUUUUCAAUUAGCUUUAAUUUUUAGAGGAUGGAAUUUGUCAAAGGAAGUGGGCUGAUACCAUUUUGGAAGCUGGAUUGUAAGAUAGCCAACAAGUAAUAUGAGGAUAGAUGUGCUAUUACAUUUUUUAUUAAUAUGUUCUUUUACCACCAAUCUAUCUUCC